CCCUGCUUUGACACGUCGUGCUUUGCACGCCCAGCAAGUUUUGGGGGACGCGUACCUUGUGCCUGGGCCUAUCUUACCCCAGCCUUCCUCCUAUUGUUGGGGCUUGUUUCCUCCGCUGGGUUUUUUCCUUCUCCAUCAUCGUCGUCGUCGUUGUCUUCACUACUUCUCCGCAUUUUUUGGAUUCGUUAAUACUCGUCGAGCUUAUUGCUGUGUCGUCGCGCUAUUCCUACGCCCCCUCUCUCCCCCCAGCAUUAUUCUUGUCCUUGUUGUGUAGGUGCUACCGUGUACGGGCUGCCGAGGUUCAUCGACUCGUUUGUCUUGCUGGAUACCAAAAUCGACAAUGCGCGCUUCAGACUUUUUUGCCGUGCUGUUCGCUGCGUCGGGGGCUCUGGCUCAGGUCGCUGAGGGGAUUGCGCCCGACGCGAGUGCGCCAGAUGGGUGCGUGACGACUUCGGACGGGAACUUCACGAUUGGUGUUCUGCGGGACUUUGCGAAGCGGGCUGAUGUUGUAGCGACGGCGGAACAGGCUGUUGACGGCGCUCUUAUUUGCCACCUGACGGAUGGUGUUCUCAAAGACCAGCACGGCCGCGUGGGCUCCAUCGUAGCUAACCAACAAUUCCAAUUCGACGGCCCCCCGCAAGCAGGCGCCAUCUACACGGGCGGCUUCUCCGUCUGCGGCAACGACUCGCUCGCCAUCGGCGGCACAACGCAAUGGUGGAAGUGCUCCAGCGGCGCCUUCUACAACCUCUACGACCAAUGGAUCGGCGACCAGUGCGUCGAGAUCCGCAUCCAAGCCGCCUACGUCGAUUCGUCCGGUUCCAGCACAUCGACCAUUUCAGACAGCAGUGCGUCGGCCACCGGCAGCGCGUCAUCCACAGCCAGCGGGGACAGCACGUCCGCGUCGGGAGCCUCGUCCACCAAGCACUCCUCCGCUACCGCGUCGUCCGCUGGAUCCACCGCCUCGGGUACUUCGUCCACUUCUUCCGCGCAGAACUCCGCCGCCCCGGCUGCGAGCGCAGGCGCCGGCGUGACGUCGCGUAUGUACACGGGAGCGAGCCUUGCUGCCGUCAUGGCCAUCCUCGGCGCCGCGCUGGUCCUCUGAGUGUGCUACGACGUUUUUUGUUUUCUAAUCCUCAUCGCUUGCGUUUGCGUUUGUGGGGUUUGUUUGUUUGUGGCUUGUACGCGAUACGGCAUAGAGCGGAUACGCUGUUAUGAUGGACGAUAUCCGCACGGCGUUUUUUUUCUCAUCAAUUGCUAGAGAUGGCAUGUUGGGGCUUUGAUUCGAGGGUACAUAGAGAUGCGCUUUAGCGCUGGGGGUGGGAUAAAGAGGCACUGCUGAUGGGUGUUGGUGCCGUAAUAUAUAUAAGCAGCGAUGAAGUAAUAAUAUGUAUUCUAUUCAC